ACCAUAUGAAUUAAAAACAUAAGAUAUAGAUUGAUUCGUCCAUAAGUCGGUAAUCGAGUUGACUCUCUAGCCACAUGUUGAGACAUAUCAUGAGCUCUAAACGAGCCAGCUCACGAGUUUAGCUCAACAAGCCACCGAGUCGAGCUAGCUCGUGAGCUUCACGAGCCCAAGAAAGUUUAGCUCAUGUUCGGCUCGUUUAUUACCUAGCCGAGUUUCGAACGAGCUUUCCUCGAGUCGAACACCGAGCCGCUCGCGAACAGCUCAGCUCAUUUGCAGCCGUAGGCCCUCCACGGUCGUCACCUUGAUUAAUAUGCCAUAAUUAGGUCAAACUUCCGGAUCUCCACCAACAGUCCGGGCAAAUUGCAAGGUGCCUCCGAGAACACCAUAACAACGGUGAGGAUCGAACCAAGCACCUCUCGGUCACCAAUCCGUCUCCUUACCACCAGGCUAUGUGAACUUUGGCCAGUCCAAAUGUUGUACUAAACCGACUGCUGCAUGCUCCAAUUUAAGUUUCAAACCCAGCUGCCAUAUUAGAGAAAUCUUUCCUUCUUUCAAUUAUUCCGUGUCCGGCGCCAUCAGUCCAUCACAGUAUCUAUUUUUUUGUUUAACGUAGACCAGAGAACGGGAACAGAUCAAAAGCGGCAACGAUAAAUUAAUCUCCUUCCGUCUCCGGCUGCCGCCACCGUUUUUGACAGCAACCAAACAUGCAUGCUCCUUUUCCCACUGCGCGCCCAAAUGCUCGAUGCAAGUCCGCAUAUAUAUCAUAUUGCACCACUUUCUAUAAAUUGAUUAUGUGUAGAACUAACGAGUUCACAUCGGAAACACACAUAAAUAAAAAAGAGUACGUACAGGAAAACAUGAAAGACGACAUGGAGUCUCUUACCGGGCAGGCGGAGCUAUUACAACACAUGCUGGCCUACGCCGACUCCAUGUCCCUCAAAGCCGCCGUCGACCUCCGCCUCCCCGACAUCAUGCACUCCCACGGCGGCUCCGCCACUCUGUCCCAGCUACUCUCCGCCAUCGACCAAUCAUCAUCUUCCCCAGCCGACGCCUCCACCCUCGUCCGCAUCAUGCGCCUCCUCGUCCGCAAAAACAUCUUCACGUCAUCCGACCACCACCACGAGCCGCGCUACGGCCUGACACGUGUCUCCAAAUGGUUGGUGCGUGGCUCGUCGGACGAGGAGCUGAACAGCCUGGCCCCGGUGUUGAUGUACGACAACCACCCUCUGUCCGUGACACCGUGGCAUUACCUCGGCGACUGCGUGAGGGGAGGCGGGAACGCGUUCGAGAGGGCCCACGGCCGCGGGAUCUUCGAGUUCGCGUCCGGCCAGCCGGAGUUUAAUAGAUUGUUCAACGAAGGGAUGGCGUCGGCGACGAAGAUGAUGACCCCGGCGAUGUCCGUGCUGGAUUACGACGGGCACGGGUUCGGGUCGAUCGGGUCGCUGGUUGACGUGGCGGGCGGGAUCGGGGAGAACGUAGGGGAGAUCGUGAAGAUGUUUCCCCACGUGAGAGGGAUCAACUUCGAUUUGCCGCACGUGGUGGCGACGGCGCCGCCGUGCGAUGGGGUGACGCACGUCGGUGGGGACAUGUUCGAGUCCGUUCCAGCUGCGGAUGCCAUCAUGAUGAAGUGGAUACUGCACAACUGGAGCGACGAAGACUGCGUGAGAAUUUUGAAGAACUGUAAGAAAGCAAUCCCGGAGAAGACAGGAAAGUUGAUUAUCGUGGAUAUGGUGAUUGAUCCAGAGGGGAAGAGUCCUUUUGACGAUGCAGGUUUGUUGGUGGAUUUACUCAUGAUGGUGCAGACUUCUGGUAAAGAGAGAACAGAGUCUGAAUGGAAGAAGAUUUUGGAAGAAGGAGGGUUCCCUCGAUAUAAAAUCAUUAAGAUCCCAAGCUUGUCCUCCAUCAUCGAAGCUUAUCCUAAUUGAUCCAUUGAUAGCCUAAGUCUCCAUUUCCUCCUUCUCAUUUGUGUUUUUGGGUAAAUAUAGAAUAAAAUCUCAAAAACAAUUAUGCAUAUUUAUUAUUUAAUUAGCACAACAUGUAUUCCUUAUACAACUGUUUCAUAAUUAUAUCAAACAAUAAUGUAUUCAAUAAGAUAUACCCGUAUUAAUAAAAUUCGAAAGUUUCAAAAGAUACCAAAACGCAUUUCACACCAAUCGAAAAUAUAGUAUAUUGAGGUCACUUAAAGUAGGGACAUAAUAUGAUUUGAUUUCACAAGGACUAGUUAUCAUAAUGUCCUUGAAGAUCAUUUCUUCGCACCAUACAUAUAUGAGAAAAAACCAACACGAAAUACAAGAACUUUAAACUUAACCAAUAUAACUUAUUUUGUAAUUAAUCACCAUUUAUUGUUAAUGAUAUUCCUUCUUAUUUAAUUUCUUGACUCUGUUGUUUUGUCAACCGCCGUCUCUUGCUUAGCAGAUUUCUUUACUGUGAAAUAAAAACAUAACAACAUAAGGAAACAUUAUUAAAUAUAUUGAAUCAAACACACCUAAAAACAACCUACCGGUGAUUUCAUUAAUCGUCGACGAACUAUCCAUGGUUUCUUUAUGCUGGCAACAACGGAGACAUAAGUGAAAAGUAUUGUAAUCACAACAAUAACCAUCGAUACCACAUUCGUUGCUUGUUGUUGGUCGCGCUUGGGUUUCUGUGUCCAAGUUCAGUAAAAAAAAAUUGAAAACUACAAAUGAAUAAGUAAUUACAACACCAACAAUAGCACAAAUUUUAGUACAACAAAUAAUUCUCACUGUUAAAAAAAUAUGUAUCUCAACAUGACAUCAUAUUCUUCAAGAUUCAUCAAUGUCGAUCCUUUAUUUCUGCUUGUUAUAAUCUUUAAAUUUAGUAAUAGUUCAUUAAGCACAAUAUAUAAUGGGAUCAAUUAAACUCGUUUUUAGAGAGAAAAAAGGACUAUGUUGAUCCCAUUAUAAUGAUGUUGACUUUAUGUGGUGUUGGUGGUGUUAUAGACGACUCAAUUUAGUACCCAAUUAAUGUCGAUAAAGUCAUUGACUAAAUUAUCAUAACUUGAAUACUCGAUCGAGCCGAAAGAAUGAGUGGUGUACAUAAGAAUGAAUCUUUUACUUAAUUGCAUCAUUCAAUGAUGAUCAAAACUGCACCCACUAAACUUAAAGUUAUACAAAUCAGUCGUCUUACCUUUGUUAGUAAAUCGCGAUUCAGUGAGAACUGUUGUAUCUUAUAUAUUAUUGGAACCACAUAAAAUCUAUAUAUCGUACAAAGACAUAUUUAUUUAAUAACUCCAACAUUAAUAAGAAAAAUAUUCACUUCUUUGACUCUUAAAAGGAGUAUAACUCUAUGACAAAUUACACAAUAGUACUGCUUGUACUUUACUUAAUACUCAUCAUGCUACACAUACUCUAAUAACUUUAUUAUAUAUAAACGUGAAGUGAGGUUACUGUUGUCAAAAUAACUACAUUUUGAUACCCCAAAUUUUAAUUAAAUUACAAUUUAGUCAUUAUAAUGUAUAUUUUACAUUUUGAUACCCCAAAUUUAAUUUUAAAGCAAAAUCAUUGAACAAUUAUGUUUUAGUAUCUAAAAUUUAUGAGAUUUUCGUACCUACAAUUUUUAAAAUUUACAUAUUGGUCCAAUGUUUACAUUUCACUUGAAUCCAUAAAUCCAAUCCACCAAUUCAUGAAUCCAAUCCAACGUAACAUAAAAUUAUAAAUUUAGUUUGUACCAUACAUGAUAUUGUAUCACUCAACUGUAGGAGAAGAUUCAACCAUUUUGGUCUUUGAUGAGAUUUUUACUUAAAAAAACAUGUAUGAUAUCCAUUUGAAAUAAUAAUUAUCAUUUUCAAAAGAGCAUUCUAUUAGGUGAUGUGACAACAUAUUUAGUAAAAUAUAAUACGAGUACGUUAAGAUAUUGAUCUGUACGAAGUUUUUGUAUGACAUUUUAAUAGAACAAUGUUUUAAAA